AUGGAGCCUCUCACCCAAUGGAAGGCCAUCGUUCUAGAUCAACUGCCAACAAAUCCCUCUCUCUAUCUGGUCAAGUAUGACGGAAUUGACUGUGUCUAUGGCCUGGCACUUCACAGCGAUGAGAGGAUUUUAAAGCUUAAGAUCUUGCCUCACAAAGUAGUGUUUCCUCAAGUGAAAGACGCCCAUCCCGAAAGUGCCAUGGUUGGCCGAGCUUUGGAGCUUAAAUUUGAGGGCAAACAUGGCUCUAAGGACAACUGGAGUGGGGUGGUCCUAGCCCAUGUACCGAUCAUGAAGGACUGGUUUUCCAUCACCUACGAGAAAGAUCCAGUCCUAUACAUCUACCAGCUCCUGGAUGAUUACAGAAAAGGUAACUUCUGUAUCAUUCCAGAGACUCCUCCAGCAGAGGUGAAGUCAGACGUUGACAGCGACAUCUUAAGGUCAAUGUAUGCAGUACACCAGAAGUUACGGGUCCAAAAAGAUUGGCAAAGUCAUUUACCAAGUUCUAGCCAAGUCUUCCAUGUACUUCAUCAAGUUUGUUGGCAAUGUCCACAUCUAAGUCUAUAAUCUGGUGGAAAAGAUCGGUUAAGGUGAAAUUCACAAAGUGUGGGGGACAUAGAUCUGUAAUUUAUAGGAUUGGGGGAAAAAUGUUUUUAUGUGUUUUAGAUACACAAGGGCCUUUGACAACCCCAGUAUCUUUUCCAGUGGAAUUUGUUUUUGCUCUAAAAAUUAA